UCACGACGGAGCGCUCUACGAGCAGACUGCUGAGGUUAUAUAGGUAAUUUUAAAGUGGAUUUCGGUGCUCAGGACCACUGAGCGGCCAUGGAAGAACUUACAGCGUUCGUCUCGAAAUCUUUCGACCAGAAAACCAAGGAGAGCAGUAAGGAGAGUAUCACGUACAGGGAAGUUUUGGAGAGUGGUUUGGCGCGUGCAAGGGAGCUAGGGAACUCGGAGACAAGUCUACAGGACAUAACGGAAGGCAGCAACCACUUCCCAGUACAUCUAUUCAAGGAGCACAUAGAGCUAGAGAAAGAAAAACUCAAGGAGUUUAACGUUUCAAGGGCCACAGAAGGGAUAUAUGAGUGUAAAGAGAAGAAGGACGACGUAAAGUCUGAGGACGAGGACGCACAGAGCAAACUGAAGCAGCGGCGGAGCAGGACAAACUUUACUCUGGAACAGCUCAACGAGCUGGAGCGCUUGUUCGACGAGACUCACUACCCCGACGCCUUCAUGCGGGAAGAGCUGAGCCAGAGGCUGGGACUGUCAGAGGCAAGAGUGCAGGUUUGGUUUCAAAACAGAAGAGCAAAAUGUCGAAAACAAGAAAACCAGAUGCAUAAAGACACUUCUUCCUACUUUCCAGGUGUCAUUCUGGGCACUGCCAGUCAUCUGGAUGCCUGCAGAGUAGCGCCCUACGUCAACAUGGGAGCUCUACGAAUGCCUUUUCAACAGGUUCAGGCCCAGCUCCAGUUGGAGAGCGUGGCUCACUCCCACCAUCACCUGCACCCUCACCUGGCAGCGCACGCACCCUACCUGAUGUUCCCGCCCCCACCCUUCGGACUUCCAAUCGCCUCGCUAGCGGACUCAGCCUCUGCAGCGGCGGCCGUGGCCGCGGCUGCCAAGAGCAACAGCAAGAACUCUAGCAUCGCCGAUCUCCGACUCAAGGCAGGACUUCUGCGGGGCCAGUGGCUCAGUCCACUCCAGGCACACAUCACAAGUCCAGGACCAUACAAACACAUGUGGAUGUCUGUCUGAGCUGAAGGACAGGGCCAGGCCAGGGCCAGGCUAAACCAGGCCAGACCAGACCAGGAGACUUUAGAACAAAGCAAACUGUCAAAGCAAGCAAGCAGGGUGCAAAUACUAGAGCCUCACUGAAUCCGAUGCCGUCACGUUGACUUUACAGACUGUUGCAUGUGUGAGAAAAGACACUGACAACACAAGGCAUCGGACCCGCUCUAAACUUUACACACAAAAAAGACAAACAAAAAACAAAAAAAAGAGAUAAGAAAUGGCCACUGUAUUGUUUCCUGCCACUGCCCAGUGCAUGAGUUUGAUUGCAGGACUGCAGGUCUAUCAUGGAGCCUGGCCUUUAUGUUGUAUCUGACCUAACGCCCCCAUUCAAACCGCCCUCUAUACCCCUCAUCCACAAGGUCAAUUGUCAUUUGGGUUUGAUUUCCUUUAAACUUUUGACUGACAGGAAGAAGCAAUUCGAAUUCCUUAUUUUUUCUGCUUUCGGAGGACUAGGAUAUGUGUUGCCAGGAAAGUGUCUGAGUCCAAAUGUCUUUUAGCUUUUCUCCUCACAUUGUUCUCUCUCUCUCUAGCUUUCUUUCUUUCUGUUUAUAGUGCUAUUUCCUAGGAAUAGAAGUGAAGAUAUUCUUUGCACUUCAGGUUUUGUAUGUGUGUGUUUACAAAUGGCACUACUAGAAGAUACUACUUUACUAAACGAGGCGGGAAUAGGAACCAAUUUGGUUUUUAUCAUGUCAUCAAAAAGAGACGUUCACGAAACGUUUCGAAGGAUAAAGGGUAUAACUGCAAUUUUUUUGUAAUUUUUAAAACAUGAAGGAAGCAUCAGUUAAACUGAAAUGCACUUUUGUGCAGUUUAAGUGCAAUACUGUAAAUAUGAAAAAGUUUAAAAAUAAUA